AAAAUAGUAGUAGUGGAAAUGGUGUUAUUAUGACCCACCUCCAAGAGUUAGGUAAUGUUCACCUACCACUACCACUACCACUACCAGCCAACACAUUCUUGAAGAGUAAGGAACAUACACACAAAGAGAGAAACCUAUACUGUGGAUAAUUUGUUGUGGAAUAGAGAAACACAGAAAAUGGGAGAUACUACUACCAUUCAUAUUCCUCGAGUGAAACUUGGAAGCCAAGGCCUUGAAGUUUCUAAGCUGGGAUAUGGAUGCAUGGGCCUCACAGGAGUAUACAACGACGCUGUUUCGGAAGAUGUUGCUAUAUCUUUGAUCAAACAUUGUUUCAACAAAGGAAUCACUUUCUUCGACACAUCUGAUGUUUAUGCAGCACAUGUCAAUGAAGUUUUGGUCGGAAAGGCACUAAAGGAUUUACCAAGAGAUCAAAUUCAGAUUGCUACAAAAUUUGGGAUUGUCAAAAUGGAAUCUGGUAAAGUUUUUGUAAACGGUAGUCCUGAAUAUGUUCGAUCUUGUUGUGAGGGUAGUCUUCAACGUCUUGGGGUGGAUUACAUUGAUCUGUAUUAUCAGCACCGUGUCGAUACCACUGUUCCCAUUGAGGACACUAUGGGAGAGUUGAAAAAGCUGGUUGAAGAGGGAAAGAUUAAGUAUAUAGGAUUAUCGGAGGCUAGUACGGAUACAAUCAGAAGGGCUCAUGCUGUUCAUCCUAUUACUGCUGUUCAAAUGGAAUGGUCCCUUUGGACUCGUGAAAUUGAGCCGGAUAUUGUUCCCCUUUGCAGGGAACUUGGCAUUGGAUUGGUACCAUAUAGUCCCCUUGGCCGUGGAUUUUUCGGAGGCAAGGCUAUCACAGAAAGUAUACCUGCAACCAGUUUUCUGGCAAUGCAACCAAGGUUGCAAGGAGAGAACUUCGACAAGAACAAGAUAUUUUAUUCUCGGAUGGAAAAGUUGGCAGAGAAGCAUGGAUGUACAUCUUCACAGCUUGCUCUUGCAUGGCUUCUUCAUCAAGGAGACGAUGUAGUGCCAAUCCCUGGAACAACUAAGAUAAAAAACCUUGAAAGUAAUAUUGGUUCGUUUAAAGUGAAGCUCAACAAAGAUGAUUUGCAGGAGAUUGAAGAUGCCGUGCCAAUAUCAGAGGUGGCGGGGAGUCGUACUACCGAUGCUUUUGUUCAAUGCUCAUGGAAGUUUGCUAAUACUCCACCAAAAGCGUAGUUUGAUGCAAGUUUUGAACCUCAGUUUUUGAGAUUCUAGUGUUUGGUCUCUUUGUGUGACUCACAAAUUUAAUCUCAUGAAUAAAACCGUCUGUUAUUAGUCGAAUAAGGAUUAACUAAGAAAAUGUUUUAGCUUAGACGAAUAAAACCGUUUGAGAAAAUAUUAUUACAUGGUAGAAAAUCUUGCUUAUUAACA